GCCAUUAAUGGUGGAGCUAGAAGCUCUUGAAGAAGGAAAAAUAUACUCUAAAAAUAUCUAGAGAGAGAAAGUAGCAGGAGAGGAGUGAAAUUGGCCUCCUCAACAAUUAGGGCAACCCUCCCUUUUAUAGGAGAGGGUGAGAGCAUCUACGGAGGAAUAUUCUCUUAUUCCUCUAUUUUAUUAAACAAGCCCGGUUUAACCGUUCUUCGUAAAUAAUUGGGAAAUGUGGGCCGAGCCACGUAUUAUUUCCCAUCAAGAAGUCCUCCACUUUUUUGAGUUGUGAGAAUCAUCAACUUAAAAAAGUAAACAAGUCCUCCGAGUGUGAUCUUCAGUUUUCGUACUUUGAAUUCUUGACUGGUAGAUAUUAUUGCUAGUCCUCCGAGUCUUCAUUAAUUCUCUAAUUUCUUGAAUCAGAAGGUCUUCCUGCAAAAAUAAUAUGUACAACAUUUUUUUGACCGGCCUAUGUCGUGCUCAAAUAAUUAUUAUCUUUACCGAGGAGCUCAGUGUUAGGGUGGUUAAAAUUCGCGUGAAUAAUUAUCGUAACAAGAGCGAUGUCAGUUCGAUAAAGCAACGAUGCUUCGAGUAGUUAUACGACACCGGAGUUAGUACGAUGAAGCGGAGGUGCUUCAAGUAGUUAUUUCAUCGAGACUGAUGUCAGUACGGAUUAAGUAAACGAUACAUAGCAAAAUUAGUAUAUCGAAGUAAUCGAUGUUACUUAAUACGAAUUAAGUAUGUUGCAGCAACUUUGUCGAAGAUCGAUGCUAGCCCGGCUAACUGAUGCAAAUAUCUUCAUGUCAUGCAGAGACCACUUCCGGAGUGCUUUGUUCAAAUGGCUUGAAGAAUCGGGCGUCCCCGAUAAGGGCUCAGCUGAGCCACCGGUGUACCCAUUUCGAUUGGGGUCAGACUUACGAGAAAAUAUGUGCAAGACCGGUGUGUAUAUCAUUCUUGGCCUGUCUCGCGCACAAGAAUGAUAUUUACCAGCGUGCCAGGCCGGGCCUGUGUCACAUAUUUUAAUUUUUUUUAUUAUACUGAGCGAGACCGGUGUAGUAACCAGCGUGCCAGGCCGAGCCUGUGUCUCAGUCUUCCGCUUUUUUUUUAAUACUGAGCAAGACCGGUGUCGUAACCAGCGUACCAAGCUCGGCUUGUGUCUCAAUCUUCCUUCCUUUCUAUGUAAAGUAUUGAGCAAGACCAGUGUAAUAACCGGCGUGCCGACUUCGAAAAGCAAGUGGAGAAAAUUGAUUCUCCCAUUACUCCAUAUCACUCUAGAGAGGGGUCCCCAUAUUAAAUAGUGGCCUUUUUGAUAAAGUUAAAAGGAACCACGUAGCCCAUGCCAUUCUCCUCUCUAGAUUAGGUACUCCAUUAUUUCCUAAAUGAGCCCACAUAAAUUAUUUGCCUUCCUUCGUUGUCAUUACUUUGUUGUCAUGGCAAAUGAACCCAUCUUCCAUCUGAAACAUUGGAUUCCUCUUUCUUCCCAACUUUUACUUUAUGUAUCUCACUGUUGGAAAGAACAUAGCACAUGGAAUCUUCAGUGACCCAUUUCCUCUAUGGCGUGAAAGGAAGGUGAAUGGAGUACAACAUCCUUCAGUGAGAUUUUCAGUGCCGCAGAUUUAAUCAGAACAUAGAGACCACGAACUUUUGCUCUCCGGUGGGUGCGGGCGCGGGCAGGACGGCAUGAGCGGCGAGGAGUGGAUGACGCACGGCGAAUGGAGGCGCCAGUGGUGCUCUGCAAUUGGUGGACCGGGGAUUUAGAUUGGCGAUUAGGGGUGCUUCGAUUCACCUAGAUUUCCAAGAUCCGGAUCCGUUCAUCUGAUUCCGUGGAAGAGGAAAAUGCCUGUCCCCUACUACUCGAGGCACUGCCGGUAGCGUAACCCGACCUGCCAAGGAAAACCGCUUGCAUGCCCGACCUAGAUCUCAAUGCAUGGGACCCUCCGUUGCUCUACAACCGGCACACCAUGGUUCUGAUCCGGGGCUGGCGCUGAUGACUUUCCCGACGGUGAUGAAUAUCUUCUGACCGCAAAGCUGGUGAACUCCCAUCACGGAUUCAUGUAGCGGUAGAUUUUUAAGAACAGUGGCUAUGGAUAUUAGCCCGUAGUAGAGUGGCGGGGAUGACGAAAGAUCUUUGUAGCAGCGUCGGUGAUUUACUUCGUCGGCGGCAAUGAUUGGCUUCUAUCGGGGUUGAUUUUUUCUGCCGUGGUGGCUCACGGGUUCGGCCGCGGCGGGACCAAAAAAACAGCCAUCUGGUGAUGGAGGCGCACAAGUGUCGGCAGUGGCGGGGAUGACGACAAAUCUUUGUAGUGGCGUCGACGGGUUUGAGCAUCGGCGGCGGCGGCUCUGAGCAGCAGCGGAGGCGACGGAUCUGAGCUGCGGCGGCGACUGUGGAUUUGAGCAGCGGUGGCGGUAGGGUUGAGCAGCGACGAGCGGUGAGAUCUCCAUGGCGAAGACACAGAUCCCUCCAAAAUAGUGACAGUCUUCAUCUUCCUCUACUGAUUUAUUCUUCCCCUUUUUCAAUUCUCAACCAUUUCAGUUUUAAGAAAAUAAAAUAAUUUCUUGAUCGGAGUAUCCAAAGUUUUCUCCUCUUUUUUUUUGUUUCUCACCCGUUAGGCUCUGUCAGAUGGCCGAAAAAAUGAAGCUUUUUGCUCGUGUCCCACGGGUGGCGCCAAAAUGAUGGUGUAAAUUAUCGACCGGUAUACCGUUUUUAGCCCGGCUAAAACGAUAAACUAGUCUAAAAAUACACCAAAAUAUAAACACGGGGAUUUUGACGUGGAAACCCAAAUCGGGAGAAAACCACGGGCCUUUUUUGGCGGUACCUUGCCAACGGGGGAUUUUUAUUAAUAUCGGGGGUGUGUACACGGUACAAGAGUUCGGCUCGGAAGCAAUUAAUGGUGGAGCUAGAAGCUCUUGAAGAAGGAAAAAUAUACUCUAAAAAUAUCUAGAGAGAGAAAGUAGCAGGAGAGGAGUGAAAUUGGCCU